UUCAUCGCACAUCAGAGGCAGACGAUCAGAACUUCUGGUUCUUCGCCCUUGUGACGCGUUCUUUCUGCCCUUUUUACCGCCAGUUCGACUUCUCUCGAGUUGUUGACCUGACAACCGCGUUUUUCAAUUUUCACAUCCAGAAGAACGUUCUACGAAUCAAAUACCCUCAGAAUCAUGUCUGGCUACGGCGGUGGUCGAUCCAACGGUGGUGGUUACGGAGGCGGUGGUGGUGGUUACGGCCGUGAUCGCGGUGGUGAUCGCGGCGGCGACCGCAACGGUUACGGAGGCGGUGGCUACGGCGGAGGUCGUGGCGGAUUUGGCGGCAACAGCUACGGCGGCGGCGGUGGUGGUUAUGGAGGCGGCUAUGGAGGCGGCGGCGGCGGUGACCGAAUGAGCCACCUCGGCGCUGGUCUGCAGAAGCAGGACUGGGACAUGUCUGCCCUUCCCAAGUUCGAAAAGGAUUUUUACAAAGAGCACCCUGAUGUUACCGCUCGUUCUCCUGCCGAGGUCGAGGCGUUCCGUCGCAAGCACCAGAUGACCAUUGCUGGUCGUGACGUCCCCAAGCCCGUCGAGACCUUUGACGAGGCUGGCUUCCCCCGCUACGUCAUGGAUGAAGUCAAGGCCCAGGGCUUCCCGGCCCCUACGGCCAUUCAGUCCCAAGGAUGGCCCAUGGCUCUCUCUGGUCGCGACGUCGUUGGUAUUGCCGAGACGGGUUCCGGAAAGACUCUGACCUACUGUCUUCCUGCCAUUGUCCACAUUAACGCCCAGCCCCUGCUCGCCCCUGGCGACGGCCCCAUCGUGCUGAUCCUCGCCCCCACCCGUGAGCUGGCAGUUCAGAUCCAGCAGGAAAUCUCCAAGUUUGGCCGCUCAUCGCGCAUCCGCAACACCUGCGUCUACGGUGGUGUGCCCAAGGGCCCCCAGAUCCGUGACCUCUCGCGAGGUGUCGAGGUCUGCAUUGCCACCCCCGGUCGUCUCAUCGACAUGCUCGAGGCCGGCAAGACCAACCUGCGUCGUGUGACUUACCUGGUCCUCGACGAGGCUGAUCGCAUGCUGGACAUGGGUUUCGAGCCCCAGAUUCGCAAGAUCAUCGAGCAGAUUCGACCCGACCGACAGACUCUCAUGUGGUCUGCCACCUGGCCCAAGGAAGUCCGUGCCCUUGCCUCCGACUUCCUGCAGGACUUUAUCCAGGUCAACAUUGGCUCCAUGGAGCUGGCUGCCAACCACCGAAUCACCCAGAUUGUGGAGGUUGUCACCGAGAUGGAGAAGCGUGAUCGCAUGAUCAAGCAUCUCGAGAAGGUCAUGGAGAACAAGGAGAACAAGAUCCUCAUCUUUGUUGGUACCAAGCGCAUCGCCGACGAAAUCACCCGAUUCCUUCGCCAGGACGGCUGGCCCGCUCUCUCAAUUCACGGCGAUAAGCAGCAGAACGAGCGAGACUGGGUAUUGGACCAGUUCAAGACCGGAAAGAGCCCUAUCAUGGUUGCUACCGACGUGGCGUCCCGUGGUAUCGAUGUUCGCAACAUCACGCAUGUCUUGAACUACGAUUACCCUAACAACUCGGAGGAUUACAUCCAUCGUAUUGGCCGUACCGGCCGUGCUGGCCAGCACGGAACUGCCAUUACGCUGUUCACCACUGACAACCAGAAGCAGGCUCGUGAUCUUGUCAAUGUCCUCCAGGAGGCCAAGCAGCAGAUCGAUCCUCGCCUGGCUGAGAUGGUCCGCUACGGUGGUGGCGGUGGUGGUCGCGGCUACGGCGGUUACCGUGGCCGUGGCGGUGGCCGAGCCAACAACUCCAACAACUAUCCGCUGGGCAAUCGGCGAUGGUAAGGAGGAAGAAAGAAGAAGAUGCGCGUCGAACCAGCGACGGUGACCCGGACAAGUGCGAGUCGCCCGAGUUUGGAGUAGCUGGAACGCAUGACAAGACGUGAACGGCCCAGUGCACUCAAACGGCGUUUGAUAGAGGACAGGAUUGGUUUCAACUAGACAUUGACUCGCACUCCUGCGCAGUCAUCGGUUAUUUGGUUUUUGUUGAUGACGGAUUUUUGUUUGCUUGCUUUCUUUUUUCAUUUUUCUAAUGGUCUGCACGUAUAUCACAUAAGGACAGGGAGGCGAUCCAUUGUUAUCAGCCAACUAUUUAGCUACCAUGUCGAUGCGUCCAUCGGCAUCGUCUAGGCUGCUCUGCAUUAAGAUUAACAAAUGUAUGUUGAUAGAGAAAA